AUGUCAAAUUCUCGCCGUAUUGACAACAACACUUUUGGCGAUAAUGCCACGAUCCAUCAAGGCGAUAUUAACAAUGUGCACAACUACCCCCAGGAACGACGAGAAACUCCACCACCGCUUUCUCAGUUGAUCCCUUUUCCUCGUGACCCCGAUUUCGUCAACCGAGGAGACAUGCUCGACAAAAUUUCUGCGCACUGCUUGGAGCCCGCCGGUCGAGUGGCGCUCGUGGGGCUUGGUGGUGUUGGAAAAUCGCAGCUGGCCAUUGAAUUCGCCCACAGAUUCGCCGACAAGCAUAAGAAUAUCUGGGUGUUCUGGAUUCAUGCAGCUACACAGGAGCGUGUUCAAGAAGGCUUCAGGUUGAUUGCCGACGCCGUUAAAUUGCCUGAGCGGAAGCAACCCCAGGCUGAUAUACCGCUUCUUGUAAAAAAUUGGCUAUCCAUCGAACACAAUGGUCGGUGGAUUAUCAUCCUUGAUAGUGCCGAUGAAACCGAGGUACUCUAUAGCGCAAGUGAAAGUGUCCAUGACAAGCGGUCAUUAGCGGCAUACAUUCCCAAGAGUCGAAACGGAGCUAUCGUCCUUACCACGCGCAAUAGAAGCCUUGCUUCCAAACUGACUGGGGGACACAAGCAUAUAAUUGACGUCGAUACAAUGUCAGAGGCGGAUGCACUUACAUUGUUAGAGAGGAAGAUGGGAUCACCUUUGUUGCCUUCGGAGGCAAGUUUGGCGGAAGAUCUGGUGAAAGCAUUGGAAUGUAUACCCCUGGCUAUUGGCCAGGCCGCUGCCUAUAUACAAGCGAGAAGGCCGCGAAGUUCGAUUGAGAAAUAUCUCGCCGAGUUUCGAAAGAGCGAACGAGAAAGCGUGAAACUUUUAAAGUAUGAAGCAAACGAUAUAGGGCGGGACGAGGAGACAUCGAACACAGUCCUCAGAACAUGGGCAAUCUCAUUCGACCAUAUUCGCUCGCAGCAACGUUCUGCGGCAGAUCUUCUAUCGCUCAUGAGUUUCUUCGAUCGACAAGGCAUUCCAGAGUGGGUGCUCAACCAUCCCACGAUGCAAAGCAACAAUCUGGAUGAGACUGAAAAAUCAGAAUCCGACGCUGGCGAAGAUUCUGAUAAUGAUAUCAGUAGCAGUUUUGAAGAAGACAUAUUGGUUCUGAGGAACUACUGCCUUAUCGCUGUGAAUGAAGAAGGGAAUAAGUUUGAGAUGCACAGACUCGUACAACUCUCAAUAAAAAGUUGGCUGAAAGCUUUUGGACUACAAGAGACGUUCAUGCAGCAGUACAUUACGCGGAUAGCAGCGUCAUUCCCAACAACAAAAUAUGAGAACUGGGCGAUUUGUCGGGACCUCUUUGCACAUGUUCAGGUGGCCCUUGAUUAUCGACCGAAUGAGGAUACCCUCGAAGAUUGGGUGAUUCUGUGUUAUAAGGGAGGAAAGUAUGCGCGUCGCCAAGGGAAAUAUAAUCUUGCAGAGCAAAUGGCGAGGAAGUCUAAGAAGGUGUGCGAGAAGAAAUUUGGAAAGGAUGACGCUCUAAUGUUACAAAGUAUAUGGUCAUUGGCAUCAAUAAUAUCAGAGCAAGGCCGUUGGAAUGAAGGUGAAGAGCUACAUGUGCAAUUGGUGGAAAGUUACACGGCCAAAUUUGGAGCCGAUCAUCCAGAUACGCUCAGAAUCAUGGGCGACCUUGCAAUUAUAUAUUGGAAUCAACGCCGAUGGGAUGAUGCUGAAGAGCUAGAGGUGAAAGUACUAGAGGCUCGCAAGAAUACGCUUGGGACCGACCAUCCAUAUACCCUGCACAGCAUGAACAGUCUUGCAUCGACAUACAGGAAGCAAGGCCGAUUAAAUGAAGCUGAGAAGCUGCUGGUGCAAGUAACAGAGGCCUACAAGAAUACCCUUGGAAUCGAUCAUCCAUAUACGCUUGAAGGUAUGCAAGAGCUUGAAUCAACAUAUAGGAAUCAAGGCCGAUGGGAUGAAGCUGAAGAGCUAGGGAUGCAAGUAGUAGAGGCUCGCAAGAAUAUGUUUGGAGCCGACCAUCCAUAUACCCUGCAGAGUAUGGGCAAUCUCGCAUUAACAUAUUAUAAACAAGGCAGAUGGGAAGAAGCUGAGAAGCUAGAAGUGCAAGUGAUGAAGGCUCUCAAGAUGAACCUGGGAGCCGACCAUCCAGACACACUGAGCGGCAUGAAUAAUCUCGCAAUUACCUGGAAGAAGCAAGGCGUGCAGCAUCCAGUUACCUUGGGCUCUUCAAAAUGGCUAGAAAUAUGGAGCAAUGAUAGAGAAUAA